AUGUCCAAUGUUAUCCUAGAGAGCAUCUUCCUGAAGCGUUCUCAGCAAAAGAAGAAAACGUCUCCGCUGAAUUUCAAAAAGCGCCUGUUUCUGUUGACAGAAAGCAAGCUCUCUUACUAUGAAUAUGACUUCGAACGUGGGCGCAGAGGAAGUAAGAAGGGCUCGGUGGACCUCGAUAAAAUCACUUGUGUCGAGAUUGUGGUUCCAGAAAACGACCCCCCUCCAGAACGACGGUUAUUGCGAAAAGAAGAUGCAAAUGAACACGAGCAGAUUUCCAUUAUAGAGCGGUUUCCUUAUCCCUUCCAAGUUGUAUACGAUGAAGGACCCCUUUAUGUCUUCUCUCCCAUGGAGGAAUUACGGACCCGCUGGAUUCACCAACUGAAGAACAUGACCUACUAUAACAGCAACCUGGUGCAGAAGUAUCAUCCUUGUUUCUGGACAGAUGGACAAUAUCUUUGCUGCUUCCAGACUGCCAAAAUGGCCAUGGGUUGCAAAGUUCUGGCAGGCAGGAGUCAAAGUUUCAAAAGUGGCCGUUUGCUUCAGAAGCCCGAAAAGCCGUUGCCCCCAACACCAGAAGAGAACCAGUUUAUGAAGAAGCCUCUGCCGCCCAAGCCAUCACCCAGCAUUCCUUCUAAGACCAGGAAGGUGAUCGCUCUCUACGAUUACACCCCCAUGAACGACCAAGACUUGCAGCUGCAGAAAGGGGAAGAAUAUCUCAUCCUGGAGGAGAGCAGUGAAUCUUGGUGGCGGGCACAAGACCAGAAUGGGAAACAAGGUUACAUUCCCUCCAAUUAUAUCACCGAAACAAGAGAUUCUCUGGAGAUAUUUGAGUGGUAUUUAAAAAACAUAACCAGAAGACAAGCAGAAGAAUUGCUGAAGAAAGAGAGCAAAGAUGGCGGUUUCAUUGUUCGAGAUUCUGUCAGCAAGACAGGCAAAUACACCGUCUCUGUGUUUGCUAAGUCCUCCGGGGAUCCUCAGGGCACCAUCCGCCAUUAUGUGGUGUGCCCGACAGCGCAGAACAAAUAUUUCCUGGCCGAGAAGCACCACUUCAACACUAUCCCGGAGCUCAUCAACUAUCACCAACACAACUCCGCAGGACUUAUCUCCCGAUUGAAGUAUCCAGUGUCAGCACAACAAAAAUCUGCUCCUUCCACUGCAGGUCUUGGAUAUGGGGCAUGGGAGAUUGAUCUGAAAGAACUGACAUUUCUGAAAGAGCUGGGGACAGGCCAGUUUGGGGUGGUGAAACAUGGCAAGUGGCGAGGUCAGUACGACGUGGCCAUCAAGAUGAUCAAGGAAGGCUGCAUGUCAGAAGAUGCGUUUAUCGAUGAAGCCAAAGUCAUGAUGAAUCUUUCCCAUGCCAACCUGGUGCAACUCUUUGGGGUUUGCACUAAGGAAAGACCAAUCUUGAUUAUCACAGAGUACCUGUGCAAAGGUUGCCUCUUGGCCUACCUGCGGGAUACUCGGCGGUCCUUCCAGGUCACCGAGCUUUUGGAUAUGUGCAAGGAUGUUUGUGAGGCUAUGGAAUAUCUGGAAUCCAAACAGUUUCUACACAGAGACUUGGCUGCUCGCAACUGCUUGGUCAAUGAACAAGGAGUGGUCAAAGUCUCUGAUUUUGGCCUUUCCAGGUAUGUCUUGGAUGAUGACUACAUCAGCUCCGUGGGAUCCAAAUUUCCAGUCCGGUGGUCUCCUCCAGAGGUUCUUCUCUAUAGCAAGUUCAGCAGCAAAUCAGAUGUCUGGGCUUUUGGAGUUCUGAUGUGGGAGGUCCACGCUUUGGGGAAGAUGCCCUACGAGAGGUUCACCAACAGCGAGACCACCGAUCACGUCAUCAAAGGGCUGCGUCUCUACCGCCCCCAGCUGGCCUCCGACAGGAUCUACGCCAUCAUGUACAGCUGUUGGCAUGAGAAAGCAGACGAGCGUCCAAGUUUUCAAGUACUCCUUGGACACAUUAUGGAUUUAGCGAAUGAAGAAGUCUGAUUCCCGUCGGUUACCCAAUAUACAUUUUUCUCUGUGAAUUGCUGCCACC